GUAACGUUUCGUUGCUGGCGGCCUUUCCCCUCCUCCGCAAGGACACCCAAAAACAAAAAUUCAAAAAAAAAAAAGAAGGGAAGGUCGAAAGAGGGGUUGAGCUUGUCUUUUGAACCCUCUUUUUCUUUUUCCCCAUUCCGCCUGAAUCUCACCAAACACCCCAUCUGAAUUUUGGGGGUUUCAUUUUGAUUUUGUUUUUUUGCCUUGAACCCUUUUACCCCAAUUUUUUUUUCUUCUUUAUUUUAUAUUUUUCUUUUUCUUUUUCUUUUCUUUUUUAGUUCUCCAUGCCGAGCUUAGGAGGCUUAUUGAAGAAACGGCGGACCAAGGAUUCGCAGACCCUCAGCAAAGAGCUUGAAGCCGGUUCGUCACCCACCGCGGCCCAGACGCAGACGUCACCAAACCAGCAUCACCACAGCCACCAAUCCCAUCCUUCUACUACUGCCACUUCCCCCGACGCUGCUUAUACCUCUGCGCAACCUCACCAAUCGUCCCACGACCAUCACAAUCGCUCUUCAGGCACUAAUCGAAGCCACCCCGAGGGUCAACCAUCCUCCAUGCAAUCCGCCGUGACGCAAUCGCCCUCGGCCCACCAUCACCAUGGCCACCACCACACCAACUCUCAUAAUGUCGCCAGUAUACAGAACAUAAUUCAUUCCUCCCACCAGAGCAGCCAGUCAGUCGGUGGCAGUUCGCAACAAUCACAAAACCGAACCACCAAGGGCAAGUACUCUCUCGAAGAUUUCAGCCUCCAGCGCACGUUGGGCACCGGGAGCUUUGGUCGAGUCCAUCUCGUGCAGUCAAAGCACAACCACCGCUUCUAUGCCAUCAAAGUCUUGAAGAAGGCCCAGGUGGUUAAGAUGAAGCAGAUUGAGCAUACUAAUGACGAACGACGAAUGCUCAAUCGCGUCAGGCAUCCGUUCUUGAUCACCCUGUGGGGCACAUGGCAGGAUUCGCGAAAUCUGUACAUGGUCAUGGAUUUUGUGGAGGGAGGUGAACUCUUCAGUCUGCUUCGCAAGUCUCAGCGAUUCCCUAACCCCGUGGCCAAGUUCUACGCCGCGGAAGUCACGCUGGCGCUGGAAUAUCUGCACACCCACCAGAUCAUCUAUCGAGAUCUGAAGCCGGAGAAUUUACUCCUCGACCGGCAUGGCCACCUGAAGAUCACCGACUUUGGUUUUGCAAAGGAGGUGCCUGACAUCACCUGGACCCUGUGUGGCACACCCGAUUAUUUGGCUCCCGAGGUUGUUUCAUCCAAGGGUUACAACAAGUCGGUGGACUGGUGGUCCCUUGGAAUCCUGAUCUUCGAAAUGCUGUGUGGCUUCACACCCUUCUGGGACAGCGGAUCGCCGGUCAAGAUCUAUGAGAACAUUCUCCGGGGUCGGGUAAAAUACCCACCGUACCUACACCCAGAUGCUGUGGAUCUACUGUCCCAGCUGAUCACAGCAGACCUAACCAAGCGGCUGGGUAACUUGCAUGGUGGUCCGGAAGACGUCAAGAAUCAUCCGUGGUUCGCCGAGGUCACCUGGGACCGACUGGCCAGGAAAGACAUCGAUGCUCCCUAUGUACCACCGAUCCGGGGAGGACAAGGUGAUGCAAGCCAGUAUGACCGCUAUCCAGAAGAACAGGAAGCCUACGGUCAAGGCGGUGAAGACCCUCACGGCCAUUUGUUCCCCGACUUCUAACUUUUCUACGAGUCAUGAUGAAAUGAUCAUUUCACCAUAGCUGUCUAGAGUAAAGGCAAUGGACUACCUCGAUGUAAAGACGCGGGGGUGACGCCUUAUCUUAUAGCCCUAUUGACUAGGCCACAGAAAUAGCAGCCGUGAAAAAGACAACCAUGCUAUUACUUUUACACAUUGUCUUCUCGAUCGGUUCGAUUGUCUGGAUGAUCGCUGGCCGACUUGGCCUUUGGAUUUCUCUGUUUCAUCGUUUUUUUGGAGCAUCUACCUUUGUAUAUCGGGCGCGGGCUUCUCGCGCUGUCGCAUUCCACGUACCUCGGCCUCCAUUGAUAUGGAUCGCUUUCACGAGCAUCGAGGCAACUAAAUCUCCAGUACUUGUGUUUGGUUUUGAACAAGGAUCAGGUGCUUUCGGGGUUGGUUCUACUCCGGGGUCUUCCGCCGAGUCGAUCGCGUGCAUCGACUGGACUGUUUGGUUUCUCGCGUCAUGGUUUGAUAAU